AUGUUAAAUAUUUCUAAUCCAAUAUACAAAAUAUGUAUUGAAGGACGCCAUUUUUUGGCUUUUCCUGUUUAUGUUAUCAAAUAACCAAGACAAGUAUAAUCAAUAGAAAGUUAAGAAUAAAAACUAGAAGAAGUUGAAGUAAACAGGGAAUCAAAUAUAGAAAAGUAGUAAGAAAAAAGUGAAACUAAGAUUAUUUUUAAUGAUUACAUGUUUCCAGGAUUAUCUAAAAAUUAUUAUAAGAAUAUCGGAAAUAAUUUAUCUUAAUUUAUUAUAAGCAAUUUUGAUAUAGCUGAGAUUAGAGAGGACAGAAAGAUUUAAAAAUUUUUAAAAAUAGGCAAACAAAAUUAUAAUAAGAAGCAUAUUUAACAAUUAAUCAAAUCAAGAACUGCAAGACAGAUAGUAAGAAUGUAUUUUGGUAAUUUCCUAUGGUGUUCAAGUAUACUUAAAUAAAUGAGAUCUGAUGUAGAAUUUUACAUAAAUCUGAAUAGAUCAAUAUUUAAGAGAAAGAUAAAAAAUAAACAUUCUUUAUCAAGUGAAGUUGGUUUUCAUCGAGAAAAUUAAAUUUAAUGA